UGACUGCAGGGUUCGCGAGAGAGCAUUUUGAAGGAGCAUACUAGAAUCCGGCAGUAGCGGGUUCUAGGCAGAACGGGAUGGAAAGCAUUGCCGUAACAGACGGCAAUCUGGACAGCUUCUACACGAACGUGACAAACGGUAGCGAGAGUCAGGGCAUGGUGGAACAGGGACCGGAGAGUUGGAUCAUUCCAGUCAUCUUUACAGUCAUCUUCUGUGUCGGUGUCUUCGGAAAUGCGCUCGUUAUCGUGGUGCUGUUGCGCACAGGCCGAGAGUUGGAGAACACCACUAACAUCUUCAUCCUCAACCUCAGCAUCGCAGACCUGCUCUUCAUCGUCUUCUGCGUGCCCUUCCAAGCCACGGUGUUUUCCCUACCUGAGUGGGUCUUCGGACUCUUCAUGUGCAAGUUUGUGCACUUCUUUCAAUGCGCUACGAUGCUGGCGUCUGCGUUCAACCUUAUGGCAAUGUCUAUGGACCGCUACAUGGCUAUCGUGCACCCGGUGGACUCUAUCGACUAUCGGAAGCCUCAGAUGGCCUGGGCGGUGGAGCUGGCAAUAUGGGUGCUAGCCAUGGGCACUUCCACGCCAUAUCUUGUCUACUUCAACAUCCAUCAGGACGUUGUCUCAGGAAUCCCGGUGGAUUUCUGCGUAGAACACUGGGACGACCUGGAAUCGCAGCGGCCUGCGUACUUCGCCGGCCUCUUCGUGUUGGGUUACGUGCUGCCAUUGGUGAUCAUCGCCGCUUGCUACUAUCUCGUUGUCCGCGAACUCAACAGCAUGCCCAAAAAGAGCCAAGCCAACAGAUCCAAGAAAAGAGUGACCAAGAUCCUGAUGGUAGUGGUCAUCGUGUUUGGGAUAUGCUGGCUUCCUCAUCAUGUCGUCAACAUGUGGGUAACUUUUGGAGAGUUUCCUUACAAUAUGGCGACGUACGUGGUUAAGUUGCUAUCCAUGUGCAUGGCCUAUGUAAACUCCUGUGUUAACCCUAUCAUUUAUGCCUUCUUGUCGUCUGAGUUCAGACAAGGGGUAGGAGAACUGGCUUGCAGGACAUAGUGUAUCUUUGGGCUUAGUUAUUUUGUUCCAGUCUUUUCUAACAUGAGUAUAUAUGAGUUGAACUUUGAUCAUACGUAGAUCUGAGUAGAAACUCAAUAUACGAGUAUUUUACAUCUCAAUGGACAUAACAGGAGAUACGCCAUUACACGUAGCCAUUUUUCAUGUUUCAUUUGACAUUACCACAUUGCCAAAACGAAUCACCCAAUAUGACCCUGGUGGCGUUAAAUGCAUAUAAAUGUGCUGUGUAUCAUUUAUAAUGUCCGCUGCAUUGACCUUAACUUCCUGUAUUCAAUAUGUAUAUAGAAGAAGCACUGAGAUUCCCCCUUAAAUGUUAUUUGGAGUGCCUGUUUGAAACGUGAUGACUUAUUCUAAUGAGCUCUAUACUAUUCAAGCGAUCUAUAAUUAGAAACACUGAACAUUGUACGAAUGUAUAUUUUUCUAAAUGUUAUGCACCAUUCUUUAUGGUACACCUUGAUAUGUUGCAAUGUACAAAAAAUUGAGCUGUGUAUUUGAUCGUACCUGCUACAG